CCCUAAAUCUCUCUUUUUCUUCUUCUUCUCACCCAAUUUCUAUUUCUUCUCUUUCUGUUCUAUUCUCCGAGUAGACGCCCACCCAAGGUUGCUUGAUUCCAGGACGAAAGCCCAACGAUUCUAUUCGUUUCCUCCGUUGCAGCUGCUCAAGGAGUGCUUGAUCUGGAUCAUUGCUUGCCUCCUUGUUCAGUUUUGAGGAGAUGUUUUCUGGCUUGAAGUUUAUACCAAAGGAUCAGAUAGAAAAAGAACAAGAUGGAGGACUGGAUACUUCAAGAACAAAGAGAGACAAAUCUGUAGAUAAAGGGGGGAAAAGCAGGAAAAAGAAGAGUUCGCGUCAUGGGAGUUCAGAUGAAGAUCUUGAUAAAAUAACGAAGAGAUCUAGAAGGAAGAAAUGGUAUUCUUCUGAUGAGUAUUCGUCAAGUGAAGAUAUUAGCUCUGAUGAACCGGAAAACAAUAACAGAAACAAAAAAACGAAGGUGAAAAGCUCUCAGAAUGAUUCCAAAGACGGGGGUAGAGAUAAACAACGUAAAAAAUCCAAAACCAGAAGAAAGAGUUAUUCCUCUGAAGACAACUCUUCAUUUGAUUCUGAAGAGGAAGAUAUGGACUCUGCUAAAGAAGAUAGGAAAAAAUCUAAAAAGCACACGAGGAAGGGAAGGGACAAAGUGAGUGAACGUCACUUUUUGGAAAAGGAAGAACGAAAGGAUGGUGGAUCAUCCAUUGAUAUUACAAGGAAAGAAAUGGGAUUAGACUGGAUGUUGAGACCGAAUGAUAAGACGGAGGACAAUAUCUCUUGUGAUAAACAGCCGGAGGAGCCUUUGAUAAUAAAUGAGGAAACAAAAGAAAAUCCUAAAGAGUUGAAUCCAUACUUGAGAAACAGUGGAACUGGUUACCCAGAAGAUUCGGAUAAAGCAAAUUCCAGAGGGAGCCAACUCUUAUCUUCUAAAGUUAUUGGGGAUGGAGGUGCGAGCUGGAGAUUAAAAGCCUUAAAACGAGCUCAAGAACAGGCAGCUCGUGAAGGGAGCUCACUAGACAAGGUGGUUGAAGAGCGAUGGGGAUCCUUAGGUAAGCUUGCUGUAUCUGUGUCAUCUCGUAAGGCUGCACCAUUACAUGCCCACUUACACGCCUCAAGAAAUAGGAAGAAUGCAUCUUCUGAGGAGCAAAAGGGAGACAUGGAUGAUAAAAGAGAACUCUUCUCUGAAAAGGAUGCUUCGGUCCCUCGCAAAGAGAUGAAGAUGCCUAAAUCCCGUGAUUCUCUAUCAUGGAAAAAGCCAAAAAGUCAUCAAGGGACAUCAUCCAAGGAUGCUGGGAUUAUCUCUAGUGCACUCUCUAGCAUGAACAAGUUUUCUAAUGAUGGAAGCUUCAUGGAUGCAAUACUCCAUGAACAGAGGCACGACCGUCGUGAAUCCACAGGUUUAUCAAAUAUCUCUGGGCGAAAAGUGGAGGAGGAAAUUGUUUCAUCAGAAGUAAAAUCUCCCAAUGAAGCAAUUGCCAUUGAAUAUCAGGGUUUGAGUGCAAAUCAACUUGUUGCAAAAUCUUUGCAACUUCGUAUGAAAGGAAAGCAUGAAGAAGCCGAAAAACUUUUGAAAGAAUCUGAAAAUAUGAAAUCCAAGGAAUUAGCUGGAAAUGAAUUAAACAGAGUGAAGAAUGAAGGAGCAACUAGAAGAUAUGUCGCACAUGACACAUCUUUGCGGCAAAAGAAAAAAGAGGAGGAUGCUGAUAUUCAUCUUGCUUCGAAGAUAAUGCAGAAUAAAAAGUUCAGCAUACAUGGACAAGCCGAUGAUGAAUAUGAUUAUGAUGAUGGACCAAGGAUAAAGAGUCGUAAGAAAGGGCACGACCACCAAAAGAGUGGUGAAAAGAGUAAUAAUAAUGUGGGGAAUCGUUUGUUAACUCAACAAGAGCGUUGUCAGUUCUGCUUUGAAAAUCCUUCUAGGCCAAGACACCUUGUGGUUUCUAUAGCCAAUUUUACUUACUUAUCAUUACCUCAUUGGCAGCCAGUUGUUCCUGGUCAUUGCUGCAUCCUAACAAUGCAGCAUGAAUCGUCAACAAGAGCUGUUGACAACAAUGUGUGGGAUGAACUUCGUAACUUCAAGAAAUGUCUCAUCAUGAUGUUUGCAAAACAAGAGAAGGAGGUAUUGUUUCUUGAGACAGUGAUGGGUCUAUCUAAGCAAAGGCGCCAUUGCAUGGUUGACUGUAUUCCAAUGCCGCAAGAUGUUGCAAAACAAGGGCCUCUCUAUUUCAAGAAGGCCAUUGAUGAAGCUGAAGAUGAGUGGAGUCAGCAUAACUCAAAAAAGCUGAUAGAUACGAGUGUAAAGGGACUUCGUGGCUCAAUUCCGAAGGAUUUUCCUUAUUUCCAUGUGGAAUUUGGUCUGAACAAGGGAUUUGUCCAUGUUAUUGACGAUGAACAGCAGUUCAAAAGCAACUUCGGUCUGAAUGUUGUAAGGGGCAUGCUAGAGUUACCAGAGGAGGAUAUAUACGGUCGUAGGAAACAAGACUCGACAGAAGCACAAAAUCUAGCAGUCGCAAACUUUGCCAGAGAGUGGAAGUCUUUUGAUUGGACAAAGCAGCUUGACUGAAUCAAAUGGAAUCGGACUGCUGAGUGGAGACAUCGAUUUCAGUUGUUGAUUUUAGAUAUAUUUGAUUCAUAAUUUCUCUUUGAACUUGUAGAUUCACACCGAUGUUAUAGAGUUUAGAUAAAAAGUUUUGAAACAGGAAAGCAGUAAUCACCUGCCACAACAAAUUGGGAGUUUAUGCAUCAGGUUGUAAGAAAUAACUAUUUAUUUCUUAGAACAUGUGUAGAAUUUUUUGAAAUGUAUGCUUUUCAAGAUUUCAUUUCUAUAUA